CCCAAACAGCUGUCGCUCACCGCGUGCCGAGGAAUUUGCAUACAUAGACAGAAUUCCUAAAAGUUAAAGCGAAAGCUCGCUUUAAAUAGCCCUUCCACAAACACUUUUACACUAGGAGCAUGUCUUGGAGACUCACACGAAACAAAUUACUAUGUCCGCGACUUCAAGCUGAAUAAAUUUUCUACGCGGCUUACGCGACGAAACAAUAAGCCAAAUUGAAGGACAAUAGAACAGAUCUGAAGCACGUUUGUUGACGGCCCGUCAAAUCCGCUAAUUGUUUCAAGGGCAAGUCGGGGCGAGUUGACGUUGCGGGUCCCUUAUCACAACGAACCACGCGGGGCUGAGAGAAGACAUCGCAUUUCAACACGACCGUUUACGCUUGGACGUACGUGGACGUAUUACUUCGUCCAUGGGAAUUAAACGGAUCAGCGGAAACUUUUAAGGGCAAUUAUUGAGGUGAGAAAAUAACGUUGUUUUUAAAAGAUCUAACUGUGUUGUUCUUCGGAAGCAAGAGGAACGUUUGUCGGCAAAUGCUGGAGCCGUCUGUCCGUCAGGAAGACAUAACAUUUUUGAGCUGUCGUGUCGGAUGGGAAGAGACAAGCUCUUGUUGCCUGUAAAUUCAGCAGAAAACGUCUUCCGAUGUAGGUAAAUGAUAAGUAAUAACUAUUUGAUGAGUUCUUUAUUGAUUUUGGGAGGACAAAAUGACGUUAUUUGAGUGAGAGAGGCCCGAAAGUUUUGUUAAAGUUUCAGACCACACACCGCAUUGACAACGAAAGCCCAUUUCACUGCUUUUGUGGCUAACCUUUUUCAUUUCACUGUUUAUACAUUAACUGCUGAUAAAAAUGCAAGUAAUGAUUGGUACAAGUGUUUGCGACUUUUAACGCAAAAGUUACGUUAACGCAAUGUAAAACAAGAGAUAUUAUUGGGGCUUAUCAGUGUUGGUUACAAAUCACAACAUAAAAUUUACUAGUACAGUUUGAACACCACAAAUCCGAUUACACUGCAUUUUGGUUAGUUGUUUAGUUUGUUUGGAAAAUGCUGAUUUUCUUUUUAAACUAAAGUAUGUGGAUAACAAUCGAAACACCGAUAUUUAGUCGAAGGAGAUUCAAAGGUAUUCUUUAUCAAAACAUGGCUGCAGAAAGUAUCAAAGAGUGUUUCUGUCUUUUUUAUAAGACGGUAAUCGCUUUCAUUCGCACUUUUACAGAAUGUCCGAGAGAAAAAAACGAAUGAAGUUAUGCAUUGAAUUUCGAAAAUCUAUUUUAUCGCACGGAAUCGAUGGGGUAUUUGAUUAAAAUUAUUCUCUAAACUCUAUUUAUGAAUCUCGCUAAUUCGUCUUUAAUGGCAAUGUUGACGUCUUUAAUCCUGAACUUGACAAGUUGAGGUUCCAAAUUUUGUGUUUGUUACCCCCCAAAUAAAUCCUGUAAUAUUUCCGUCUUUUUCAUUAGCUGCAAACACAGUGAACUUUGUUGAAAUGGAGGUACUUAAGUGUACUUAAUUGUAUAGCAAUUAUGUGAAGUUAUUACAUGCUAGAACCUGUUAAAAGUUGGACUCAGUGUACUCCAGACUCGAAUAUUCGUGCAACUGGUAAACUGUAUAUUCUGCCAUUCACCAUGUUUUUUUUUUCAAUCUUUUAACUGUAACUUGUCCAUUAGUAUGGAGUGUGGUGUGGAGUGAAAGAAAGUAAUCGUCCAAAUUAACACAUGAUAUUAAAACCAGUUUUAAAGUAGUGAAUUCGUACUAAAAGUACCUGUUGUUUCAUGUUCUGCCCUAUUACUGUAAACACCUUAUAAGCUUCUGUUCAAAAAUUACUAGUUCUUUCAGAAGGCAAAGUUAGACAGAAAGAGGUUGUUGAUUUUCGUCAAUGUCGAUUAUAUGAAAAACUCUAACUUAAAUCCAAGUGGGAAAUUUUAAUUCAGUUAAUAAAUGAUACAUCAAAGCGAUCGUGAUUGAUUGCGGGUUUCAAUUCGUCUUUCACCUGGGUAUAUUUUAUGAUACCACAAUACUUACUUAGUAUUUUAUUACACAAUAGAUUAUUCUUUUUCAAUUCACCAUUAUGUCGAAUUUCUUCGAACAGUUUGUUCACUAAGUAGACUUCACUUCAACUGACAGUCCAACAUUUUGCGGUCCUGUGUCCUUGCACAAAGGACCCGUUCAAUGUUGCCUGUGCAUUGGCUUCCACCGUAUGACAGUACGGGGUUGUUCACGGCAACCUUCAUAUCUCUUAUGCAUCCCCAACCAUAUUCAUUCUUCUUCUGCAUCAAUGGCAGUUUCCCACAUUUUACCUAUAGCUCAUUAAUUUCGGUACGAUUUUCUCUGGUUCUUUGCCAUCUUGAACAUGUGGGAGUGACAUUCAUGGAGUUCACCUCCCUUCUGUAUUGACCCUGUGACAGAGUUCUUGUCUCCGCCCUUGCAUAGAGUAAUAUUAUUUCCACUGCCAAUUAGGAGAGUUUUCAUACAGUUUCUUUGACGUGUUCAAUUUUUACAUCGUUGCCAUUCUAUGUAGUGGUUACCAGACUUAAUCAAAGCAAGAGUCUUUCUGGAGAGUGCUCCUUUGUUUACGUGACCAAAAACUGAACUGGCAACUACAUUUCAGGAUGCUUUAACUGUCCUUUUUUUUUUUUUUUUGGGGGCGGGGGGGAAGUGACAUUGAUGGAGUUUCAUCUCCCUUUUGCAUUGACGCUACAGGGUUUGUUCCCCUCCCCUCCUGCCUACAGUAGUAUUUGUUGAUUAGGAGAGUUUUCAUUACAGUUUCUUUAACAACAUUUUUACGUCUUCUCCACUCUACGUAGUGGUCUACUUAAUCAUGCAGUGUACGCUCUUUGGAGCAAGAAUCUUUCUGAGGAGAGCUCCUUUGUUUACGUGACCACUACUGACCGUGUAGGGAGUUUGUAAAUUUGAUAGUUAACUCAACUAGAACCGUCAUUUCAAGAUGCGUGAGCAGCUUUUUUUUUCUUUUGGGAGUGACAUCCAUGGAGUUUCACCUCCAUUUUGCAUUGACCCUGCAGAGCUCUUGUUUCCGCCCAUGCAUACAGUUGUAUUAGUUCCAUUGUCGAGUAGGAGAGUUUUCAUCAAGUUUCGCUGACAUCUUUAAUUUCAGUACAUUACCUUCAUUGUAUGCAUUGUUCACUAGGGUUGCAUGGGCAAUGUACACUCCUUGGAGCAAGAGUCCUUCUGAGAUGGGGCUCCACUAUUUACGUGACCGUAACUGACAAUGCAGGAUGUUGACAAUUUUGAUAGUAGCGCAAAUAGGCCGCUUAAUUCAAGGUGCUAAAAGCUGUUUUUUUUUUUCAGAACGAGAUUUUAAGGCACGCCUAGCUACUCGGCGUUCGCUGUUUUUAGCUUCAACUUACGUCUGAAAGAUAUGAUGAUAUGACAGACAAGAUAGCGAGUGUGCCUUUUUCAAAUGCGUUGUAUGUACAAAAAAGUUGCCAAGACUUUCUUUAACGAUGGACUGAAGAUAAUGUUCUUUAUUUAGAGGAGCAAAAAGGCUACGUAUUGACACGAAAACGAUGCAUAGUUAGCCGUGUGUAAGGUACAGCACUGUAGAACAACAAAACGUAGUUUUAAUUGUUUUCUUUAGGAUAUCUCUUGUGGAAUCACAACUGAUGUUACUGGCAGACCCAGGGGCGCCAUUUUCAGAUAACUAAAACACGUACUCUACAUGUACACUAAAUUUACCCUGAAAUCAAACAGUUUAUCAGCUGUUUCUUCAUGCUUUCUUUGUCAUAUGAAAUCAGUGCCAUAUCCAUAAUGCCAAUUUGAUCAGAUCGUGAAUAAUGAAACUGACGCUUGUUGUUUUCUGCCCGCAGAGAAGGUCAUAGAUAAACGUUAAGGAGAAAUUUUUGCUUAAGGAAGAAAUUUAAUUGCAUGUAUGCAGUAUCAUUGCGGAUCAUGGUGCAAAACUUCGCAAGAUUUCAUUCGCAGCUUUAUAAAAUGUAGCUUCUCUUUUCUGGUCAAAAGCUUAAUUAGGAGAGAUAUUUAAGUUCAAGUUUCUUAGACGUAAGCCCUUGUAAAAUUGUUUAAUGUACCUUUUUCCUGAUAAUAAUCUGUUUAGCCACUCAGUUUAUCUCAAGUCGGAUUAAGUUCAAAUCUCGAUUUCCGGAUAGUUCGCAUUUUCUACUCUUGAUCUGCGUUCGUUUCAGUCACGCAAUUUAGAUAAACAGCCAGAGACACUGCACUGUUGUCCGGCACUUGUACUUAACGUCUGUCUAAAACAGGUGUCCGCUUGACAGAGAAUCAAGGAACUUAAGAACUGCAGGGACCAGCAGACCAGUUCUUGCAGGGUAUCCUUUUUGGGGAGUUGUCCGUGGAGAGAGGACUUGAUUGUAGUCGUUGGUAAGAAAAGGGUUCUGAGAAUCUCCUGGAAUCCCUUAAGGCGUAGACGAUGGGAUCCUCAAAAAUGCUGCCCAAAACCCGGGAGUGAAGGGUCUUCGAAAGCCAAAAGAAAAAUUAUCUACAUCAUCGUCACUCUUCAAACAAAAUGAUUUCCAUUUUAUUGAAAAUAAUGAGGGCAGAUUUUUAAUCAUCCCCCCCCCCAAACCAGAAAAAAGGACAAGAAACAGGAAAAAAAGCAUAUGAAAUGAAAUAAAAAAAGUGAUGAUAUUGAUAAUGACCAUCAAUCAUGAUCGCCAACAGAAUUCACGCUAUUUUAAACUGUUUAUAAGACAUUUGAAUUCUGUGUAUAAAGAUUUGAUUUUUGUAGUCUGUUUUGACAGCAUGGUCAAGUUCACAUUUUUAACGUUUAAAGCAAGGCAAGUGGAUUUUAGCGUGCAAACAAACGUGGCGUUCUAUUUAGGGUUAUUAAUAUUCUUAGAAAGAAAACUAUCACACACAACAUGACCUUAGUGUUUUUGGAGGUCAACAAUGAACAAAGAUUUUUUGAAUUUCCUCGUUAUGGUUAGUUUUAAGAUGUCUACUAUUAGAAAGACCAUUUGGCAAUAUUUAACGUGGUAGACAAGAUACCGAGAAGUCAGCGUUUAGUUUGAGUUGCAAAUCACAGUGAAAUUAUUUUUGUUAACAGUAUCAACAAGAUUGCGUGCCAAAUUUUCAAUAAUGUUGUCUUUCAUCUACAGCCUUUCAACUGGGCGACUACAUAUAGCGAUCACUUAAUUUCGCUAGAGUGCUUGAUGAAAUGUAUAGGUCUUUAUUAAAAUAAAUUGGCUGACUUUUUGCUCGCCAAUUGACCUGGUAAGGGCGUAGAGAUAUUACACUUCGUCAUACUUGUUUUCUUAUGCCUUGAUCACAGUGCAGUGCUCGUGUCAUCCCAUUGAAGGGAUUCCGGAAUCCGAAAAAUUUUUGCUUGUGGAAUCCAGAAUCCUGGGCUUUGGAAUCCGGAAUACAGGCUACACUAAGUGUCCGUCUUAGAAAGAUGUAAAGAAAGGCAAGGACCAACUCUAGGUGUCCGUUUUACAGAGGUGUCCGUCAAAAGAGAGUCCACUGUACAGCUGUAGGAAUCCGGAAUCCAGGUUUCACCGUCAAAGAUCUGGAAUCCAGCACCUUAAAGCCGGAAUCCACGGCGUGGAAUCCAAAAUCCAAGACUGUUUUGGAUUUCCUUACAUGGGGGCCUCGUGACCUCUAGAGCGUGUAGGCCUUAAUUCAGUUUCUCAUUCUAGAAAAACUGGGUCACAACACGUACAUAAUUACCUUCAUUUUUCCAAGUUAGCGUAAACAGCUCCUUUGGAAUCGUUAAGUAUAUGGAGACCUCCGAAACCAAAAGAAAAUAUAAAAUAUUACCGGUAAUCGAUACCGUCCAUAUUCUAAUUGACGAUGCGAUAUUGUCACGAAAUGAUAUCGAUACUGUUCCAGAGAACUUGGGACAGUGCAAUGGCCAUAAUGUAGUCCAUGUAGUGUGACUGUCAGAGAUAAAAAAAUGCUGCCUAUUCUAACUACUCCGUGUGCUAUUGUGAUUUCAAGUUCGUACUUACAGUGGAAUUUAGCGGCCAAUUCAGGGGACAAUACGGUGCUCCACUGACAGUUUUGUCCCCAGGACUCGGAUAUACAACUGGCGGCUAGGAAGAAUAGAAGAUUGACUGUAUGAUGUACUAUAUGUACUAUAGUCUGAAUAUCCUGACAUAAAUGGACAGUCUUGUUAUACCACAAUUGCCGAAUACUAUCCCGUAUGAGAUGCUUUUAAUCAGCCUGUGUACAGAUGUUCCCUCCCCUAAAAAAAUCGGAGAGGGGGGGCGGUGUCUGUACACAUGCUACUUUUAAUAAAAGGCUUAGUUACCUUGGAGAGAGUGUACUGUAACUGUCAAAACUGUCGCAUGAUUUCUUGACUUCUGUUUCAAAAUGCAGGUUUCUCUGACUAACCUGUGCAGAAAACAAACUUUCGGUCUAGUCUUUGGGUUAAAAGUGCUCUACAAACUUGACUUUUCACUUCCGUUAGUUUCUGUUCUUUUUUCGUUUAUUGUUUUUGUUUCCUUUUGCUGGCCUUUAGGUUUUAAUUCCUAUGAGGAAAUUAUCCGGGAAAACUCUUAGGAUCUGCAAAAUAUUGAAGAGGAUGUACAAGUGCGUAGAUUUUUCUUGCACGCCGCUUAAACCCCAAACCGAUGACGUUUCAAUAUUGUCUCGCUCCAUAAGCUCGUUAAUGGAUUAAUCGAAAGUCUUAUGUCAUUCACAUUUUUCAAAUUUAUUGAAAAAUUAAAAUGUCUUUAGUAAGACUGAAUUUGGGUCGGCGAUUAAGAGAAUCUACGUGCUCCAUAUAGCAACCGUACCUUGCUCUAUGCAAGUUGCUAAGCAAUGUAUAUUUUGUUGUUGUUUGUUGCGCAUUAGUUCCCUCUUUUAUUUCUUUAGUCCAAAAAUAUUUGCCUCCACGUGGACGGAUUAUAUCUCCCACGUUCCUUUAGUUGUCGACUUUUGUUAAACGUACGUUGAUGCGAAUAGCCAUAAAUGUGAGAAGGACAUUUUUAAGACUUCGUUUGAUGAGGCUUAAAGAGAGUUUUCUCGCCUUUCUUAUAUUCCUUCAAGUGGUUCAAGCAAACACAAUUAGUUCUUGUACUUGAAAGUUAUCUUGUUUUCAGGUGACAUGUCUGUCGGAUCUAAAAAUAGUCGUUGCUAUCUUGCCCUUUGUAUUAGAAAAUGAACAGUCUGACAUGACCUAUUGAGUUUAUACUGGGCGUGUGUAUUUUGAAAGCAAAUGCAAAUCUAGCCAAUAUACGGAAGGCUUGAGAGUUCAAAAGAGAUCGGCCCGUCGAUUGUUGUUCCUGAAUUCUUUAAGAUAAUAUUUAUGUUGGCGUAGCGUAAAUGUUACGAGGAAAGAUGAACAAACACCUUUACUAUUUCUAAGGUGUAAGGAACAUGUUGGAAACUUGUUUUGGAUGCGAGGAAGGCCUAAAAUUGGGCAGCUCUUCUGGCCAAGAAAAAACGAUCGGCAAAAUCUCUACCGCACAGCUUCAUAAUAGGUAAAAUCUUAAUUGUUUUACUUAGAGACACGACAAUCUCUGCAGAUUAACGCGAGUGGCAGUGUUUUGAAAGUGUGGCGUUAAAACUCGUGAGUAGCACUGACCUUUCAAACAGCUCACUCAAAGUAAGUGUGAAAGAGAGAUUAUAAGGGACUUUGUAUUGUUCAAACUACAAGUGUUUCGUGAAAGAAAUUUAGACUUAAAUCUAAAGUCCGGAGAAGUUUGUUGGGUAUUCGCUUUCGUUAUUUUGCGAGUCAAUGCAUGUAAUAACUAUUUAACGUAUUUAACUUUAAUUAUAAUCCUUAGUAAUGAUCUCCAUCAGUUUCUCUUAUGACAUCAACGCUUUUAAUUAAAAAUUUCCGGUAAACGCUUUUAAUUAAAAUUAAUCAGAAUUCAGGCAACCAUCACCCACAAAGAGUUCUUUUACAGUGUCAACUUCUCCGAACUGACGCUAAAAGAAAUGAAUGACUCAAGACAGGAGAAUUCGCAUUUUGAUACUGAUAGUUGUCGUCCCGGAAGGCCUAAGUCGUCUUAAAAUUCCCAGUUGAUUAGAAUAACAGCUAGACUUUUCAUAAGUAAAAACACCUGGCUUAAACUUUGUUAGCAUCGAUCGAAGAGACAUUGGGUAGCGUCUUCUGUUGACGUCUGGAUGAAAUUGUCUCGUUUGCGCACGAAAGGUCAACCUGCAAAUGGAGUGAGGCGUUUUCUGUUGAAAAGUAUUUCGAAGACUCUUGAAAUAUUUCAAUAAAGAGUAAAGUUUUCAAAAAGGUCGCGGUUGGGUUGGCUUGGCUGUUAAAUGAGAGCCAAGAGAGUCUGCGGAGUGGGAUAUGUUGCGGGGAGAAAUCAAGAUGGAAGGUAUAUUAGAAACUGCCCUGCAACAGGAGGUUUGAAUAGCGGUUCCGUUCAUUGUGAGUGGCCUUAGCAUUCAGUAUCCUCAAGGUCGAUAGAUACUUCGAGAUUCAUUGAUAUUUCAAUACGUUUAAGUUAGUUUUAACGUAAUGUGACAGGACUAUUUUUUCAGUUUCCCGCGCAAAAAGAAGAAAUUGAAAGAGACAGCGAUCCAGAAAAACUCGCUUCGAGUGUUAUGAAUAUCCUAACUUCUUGUGGAAAGUCAUUCACUUAACCGAAAUCACGUUCUGUUUACCUUACAAACACAAUGCAGUUGUUACCGAAGGUCAAUGUAAAACGUAUCUUGAUGAUCAAAAAGGUUCAGAAAAAUCACUUUCAACGCACAAUUCUUUAGUUUAACAGUAGAGGAGAACAACUAAAUAUUAGUGGACAAAGAAAACUGGAAGUUUUUCUCAAGUUCAUUGAGCAACUAAGAAGAAGCCAUUAGCUACUGAUUGAUCACUAGUUGUUAAUUGAAAUAAGUUUACAUUCAUUGCAUGUGGUUACAAUUACCUUGCUUGUUUUUAUUGUUUCUUGUGUAAACUUUGCGAUUGUCCCUUCAAAGGCCAAACGCAUUUAAUUACUGUAAGUUUCAAAAAAGGUAAAUAGAGCAGGGCUAAAAAAUAGAGUCCCUAAAUGUCAUUUCUGAGUCGUUUGGCAAGCGUCCAACUUGUUUGCUUCUUGUUUUAGCAUGAAGUGCAUGGUAAUUUUCGCCCCAUAUAAGGGAAUCCAAGACAAUCUUGGAUUCUGGAUUCCAUACCGUGGAUUCCGGAUUGCAGGUACUGGAAUCCGGAUUCUCUGUCCUUGAGCUGUAUUCCGCAGUCCAGAGUCCAGGAUUCUGGAUUCCUCAAGAAAAUAAUGUCCCGGAUUCCGCAGUCCUCAUCAAGCAAGUGUUUCUCGUUUCCGGAAUCCGUAUUCCCUUACAUCGGGCGAUAACUUUCUCUGAAAUUUCAAAAGUGACCAGAGCUACGUUCACACACUGUGAAAGAGCGGCACUGGUGUGCCGACACAAAAUCGUGUUGUGUGUAUGCACAUGCACACCUUGGGUAUCCGAUAUGCUCAAUUUUUUUCGGUCACCAUUUUGAAACGUAAAGGUAGCAGGGUAACAAUAAACGUGUGCACACAGCUAGGACCUGGGGCCAAUAUGGGUCAAUUGUACCCUUACAUUCGCAUCUUGUGCGAAUGAACUUGAAAAAACGAAUGCGUGUUUACAUUAUUACCCAGCGAGUACCGUUCUCGAGUUAACGUGCCUUAGUGCAAGUGUGAACAUUGCUUAAAUGUAUUUUUACGAUUUCAAAAGUGUGAAGACAACUGUUGGGACCGGCUUUAAGUGCCCUUGCACUCCUUACAGAAAAUCUAGGGGAAUGACAAACAAACGACAGGGACCAACUGUAGUGUCCGCCUUAGAAAGAAGUACCCGUUAAGCCUGGUUCACGUAACUAUGUUGUAUGCCGAACCAGGCUUACAUAGAGUCUAAAAAAACGUCUGAAAAAUGGCAUUGACCAAAUCAAGGUGUCGCUUUGGAGAGGAACCGAAACUAGGUUGGAGGGACCAACUCUACGUGUCCAUGAUGAGGGGUUUGCGCCUUACAGAGUCAUGGGAAAUGACUAACGAACUGCGGGUGAGGUCUGUUUAAGAGAAGUGCCUGGUUAACUUUGUUGAGUGUUCUAUGAGGUAUGAAUUAUAUUUUUGGCCGGUUGUGUACCCCAUUCGAGAGUUUCAUAUUGGCAAUUCCUAACCUAAAAAUUCUUUGCCAGUAUUGUACCAUACUGAUCAUUCUCUAGAUAAUGACAGCAAAGGCUAUGCUUAACUUCACUAUCUGAUUUUCGCGCCCUAACUCGGAAUAAAAAAGCACUCUCCCACUUGGGCUUUAUCUGAGCCUGACUCGCCCUUUUUGGGUCGAAUAACAAGUUCAAAACUUUGCGAGACGUCGUGACCGGCCCACUUAUGUGCAGAAAUGCACGCAAUGGCGGAAAUAGGGAAAAUUUGCCAAAGUCUGGCGAAUAUGUUAUGGCAAAGCAAAGGGUUCCCAUUGAGAGUGGCGAUUUUGACGAAAAUGCUGAAUAUGGCGACGAAGACCGGCCUCUCCUUUCUGUCAACGUGUGCGAUUCUUUUUGCUUUUGAGUUAGUGCCAUGCCGUGGCUAUAGCAAUAGCAGGAAGUCUUCUUCUGGUCGACUCUGUUUCUUUCAUUUCUUUCAUUCUACUUAGCAAACAAAUUACUAUGACUGAGUCUCUUUAGGGAGUUGGAAGUAGAAUUAAUAAAAUUAGCUUCUAUUCCAAGAAUUCGGAAGCAAUAUAAAAAACACAUUGAAAACUAAUAUUUUAAACGUACUACAAGAUAAGUACGAGUGGAAUAACAUUCUGAGGAUUCCGAUUAAAGUAAAAACAAACUAAUACUGAAGGAAAAAACAAUGGAUAAACCGUUAAACUAGUUCUGAAGAUUUUUAUCAGAACGAUGCCAGAAAGAGACUGUAAAUUCAAGCCAAUAUACUACAGGGCACUUGUCCAGCUAUCUUUAGUCUUGACUGCUUGUUAUUACAUUUUUUACUAAAGCGUUAGAUCUUGUAUUUUGGUGCCGAGUUUUUCAAUCCUGUUUUACUUUCAACUGUUUUUAUGUGACAUGGUAAUUAAGGGUGUGAUCUUUGUCAUGUCGUCAGUAGUCUCACAAACGCGCAGAUAUCGCGAUAUUGUCUCCCCGAUCCAACUGAGCUUGAAGGACUUGUAAAGAUGAAGAAGUCUUCAGAGUCGUGUGGAUCAACUUAGCUAAUGAUAAAUCACUUUUGGUUUUCGAAAAGUUACGUUUUAAGUUUGGAGAAGAGUAGACUGUUUCUUUUAGCCGUGCCCAUUUUUUCACUUUCAAGUGGAUGGCACUUGGCCCUCCAAGCCCUAAUAUCCACAUGCAAAUUCUCCAAACUGAUCUCCAUACAUUUCCUCUCAGAAUGUUUGAGAAAAUUUGUUCAAAGAUCAUUAAGCAUUUUCUCUUAGGUGAUCAUUUUAUUCAUUCCCACAUACUCUUUUUCUAAUUAUUUAUUGAUAUUGUUAGGAGAGAAUUGAUGUUGGUCACUUUUGGGACUUAUAGGAUGAAGAAACACCUGUUGAGUCUCCCUUGGGAAAUUCUUAUUGUAUUUUUGUCAUAGUCCUUGAGAAACGUGUUCUUUACAGUACUGGUGGCAGAAUUGAACUACUGAACCUAACAAUUACAUUUGUCACCCUCUUCAUUCAGCAGUGAUGCAUUCAAAGUAAACAAUCUGCUUUUUUAUUAUUCAGUUUUAGGUCCGUGGCUUGUGGAUCCAUUCAUAAGCGAAGUGGUUAUUUUUAUUAAUUUUCUUGUUGGGGGGAGGGGGGGAGUUUGAAUCCUGUGUAUGUGACGAGUGAAAUGAAUUGGCGUACCAGCCAUCAAUAACUCCUCCUGCCUGUGGUAGACUGUGGUUUUCCCACGGCUCAUUUUCCCGCCAUUGGCAUACAGAUAUAAUGAGUUUAUACACAAAUUAUCUACCCGUUCUAAAUUGCCAAUUAAGAUUAGCCUGAGAGUAAAAGCACAGAAACGUGGGUGACCAACUUUCCGCUCAAAAGAGGCUCUUAAUAUUGUGCGUGGGAACGCGCGAAAAGUUGUCAAGAACCCCUUUCCCGCCGGUCAACCUAUAUUCGGUCAAGUAGCGUUUUACCACACAUUUUAAGCCAGCUUAUGUUCUUUUGCAGGGAACUUAGAGAAAAGGAGGUUGUAGAUGAACAGAGCUGGAAAUUAGAGAUUGUACGGUAAGUCCCGAGUUAUUAUUUGGUUUGUGAUAAUUUAACAUAAUGUCUGAAGUUGUUGGGUUAGUAAAGGGGCGUUUAAUGUCUUUACUACACAAAGCUGAGAUCUGCAGAUAACGCUGUUUCGCGAGUAGUCAUUAAUUAUUCUUCCUCUUUCUUUUUUUCUUUUGUCCACGGAGAAGUUUCAUUUCAAAAAACGUGAUUGUGGCCGUUUGCAGUGCUGACUUGUCUUCACCACGACUAAAUUCUCACAUUGACUUAAACAAAUAAUGAAACGAAAUCCAAAUAAUUUCGGGUGGCAAUAACAAUAGCAGACAAAGAGACCACGUGGAAAGACUACUGAAGAGGUUUUAUUUGAAUAGUUAUCCCCAACGAUCUCGUUCAUGGACUCAAAAGUAAGAAAUAAAUUUCAAGUCUCCGUAAUUCCCCUUGACUGAGUUCUUGAGUUCAUUUCAGCAUACUUUCAAGUGGAAAGAGGCUUUGCUUCUUUUUCAUUAAAAAACGAUCCUAGCUUGUACGUUUUAGACCGCCACAGAAUUAUUCCCGAGCCAUGUUCGCUUUUCGUUGGGCUAUUCUGAGACAAUUAUUUUAACUCAUUUACACCAGAAUUGAAUAUUAAAUUUGCACUUUUGUUGUUUCUAAGCCUUCUAUAUUCUGUAGUAUUAGUAGCAGUUAGGAAGAAAAGCUUUAAAUCUUAGUAACAUCCAUAUCUUCAAAAGUCAAGUGUUACUUAUACACUUUGUUUGCCCUUACUUUCCAUCGUAAGCCUUCUGAUUGUAAAUCGUGCCAACGGUUAAGCGGGAAUUUUCCCGCCAUCUAACUGUAAUAGACAGACAAGCUGGUGGCCAAAUUGUAUCACACCUGUUAUAAAACAACUCAAACGGGUGUUAUGAUAAUAGCCUUUGCGCACGCAUGUUGAGCUAUAUUCACCACUUAACUCCGUUUCUGAACAAAAAUCGUCGCACAUAAUGUACUUUUUUUUCGUGGGCAUUCUUUAAAACAUCACUGGAAUUUCGCUGUUGUUAAACUUGAUAAGUUACCAGUUUCGGCUGGAGGGUGAAAUCGUAAGUAUGACGAAAACAUGUAGAGAUGGAGCUAUCUAUAUGACGGAUAUUAUUUUAUUGAUAUCUAGGUUUUGAAAAGUGAAAGACAUUUAUAUAAUUUCUCACGGAGCGGAGCUAAUUAUAAACUCUGUUCUUAACCAAGUAUGGUAACUGAAUAAUGUGUCGAAAAGUACGAAUGUUAAAAACUUUUCAAAAGUUCGUUGUUGUUUUUUUCUUAUCUAUUUUAAUCUAUUACUAAUUUCAUUUUUUUUUUCCUUUAUUAUUUGGUUUUUCAUUUAUAGGUUUAUUUUAUCAUUAUUAUUUUUUGACGGAAUAGCAUAAUCCUAGAAAGCGAAAGCUAUUGCGAAGUCGUGGUCUCUUCCCAUUGUAACCAUAAAAAAUUCAAUCUCUGAUUAACAUUUCGUUGACGCAACGUAAAAUACUGAUCAAGUAAAGAAACAAAAUUCAAGAAGGCAUUUCCUAUCGAAGUAAUAACUCUGACUACUAUUUUCCCAUAGCAGGCGUAUUCAUUUGACCUAGUGAUUCGUUUCCUAAUGUAAAACAAAACAGUCUGUGCUAUACGGGUGCUCACCGGCAAACUUGGAAUUUAAAAUUCGGAGCGUCACCUCGGUUGACGUCAACUCGGCCAGUUGAGGCCAGUCAACCUUGACCGAAUGUUCUUUCUCGCGAGCGACCGCUCUAUAUGACGACGAAACAUUUUUCCGCUUUUAAUGGUCGUUAACGAGCUUCGGUAAUUCACACCAUCUAAUACUGUACCAAGAACCAAUCCUUGUUAUUCCACAAUGAUCUAUCGUGGCAAAGAAACUGCCAUUUUUAUAACACGCGAGAAACAAUUUUGACAGUUUACUGACAUAAGCAAAUUUAACAUUGGCUGGUUCAUUUCUUUCUAUUAUCGUGUGACGCAGUAGACAAUUUUUCUUGGUCUUAACCUUAGACCAAAAAGAGUGAGGUAUGUGUUAAGUUUUGUUUUCAUGAAUGUUAUGCAACGGAAGUAGAGUGGAAAAGAUAUUUUUGUCGUGUCUAAAUUUUCUGAUAAACUCGCUUUGUUUUGGGUCGUUGGUUGUACAUUUGAAUGUAUACAAUCACCCAGAAGUUCCUGUUUUUCAAAUGAAUAUCAUAAGUAUUGAUCUUCUGCCGUAUAAUAUUACACACUUUUAUGUUUCCAAUAUACUACUUUGAGCGAACAUGUUGGGGAGGCUGGCAACCAAUCGUCAUUUGUAACUGUUAUGCUAUAAAUUAUGAUAAUUGUGUCGUUUUAAUGACAGAGCAGAAAAUGGGCUCUGUUAGUUCAUGUUUUAACUUGCUUAUAUAUGUCAGCAGGCAGAUUUUAUUGAAGGUAAAAUUGGUACUUUGUAAGUAAUUUUGUUUCAAUUUCACCCCGCUACCAGUCCUCGUUGCAGAACCAUUUCGGUCCGUGCUCGUCUUAGUUCGGUAAGAAUUUUGUUCCUAACAAUAGAACGUUUUUCUGUAUUAAGAAUUUUCUCAUUUUGUUCGUUUCCUACAGGACAUAAACCUUUCCCGGGAGUAAAGAGACAAAUGUGCGAGGAAGCGCGCUCUCAGUGUAACAAAAUGGACGAAGUAACAGUUACGGAGGCGGACGUCGAUGUCGGUAACUCGGAUUUACCGCGUGAAAAUGCUGUCGUUAGAGAUGGUGAUAAUAACGGUGCAGAACAAACAAAAACAAUACAGGACAGUUGUAAAACUGGAGAGCUUGUCACAGCGGUUACAGACUGUGCUGGUAUUGACGAUGGGGAGGCGGAGGCCGAUGAAGGCACUUCGUUAGAUCGAGAAGCGUUAAACACAAAUGAUGCGGUGGCUGGUAACCACGAGAGACCCGGUGGCGACGAGUGCGCGGUGGAAAUUCAAUCGAGGGUAGAAAGUGGAGAAAGUGUUGUACAUGAAAGUACCGAUACGCUUUGUGGGUCAGCAGACCUCGAAGACCUCACAGCGACCACUGACACUCUUGUAAACAAGGCAAACGAAACAACCGAGAGCGUUUGCAUAGAGGUGGAGGAUAUUACAGAAGACAAUGAUGAUAUAAGCAAAAACUCUGACACAAUAUCAACCCGAACGACAAUUAUAUACGUUUCAGAAGGUGAUAAUUCAGACUUAGAAACCGAUGUGUGCCGCAUAUGUCAUAGUGGCGACGAGGCAGAGAGUUUAAUAAGUCCUUGCUUGUGCACGGGCUCUGUAAAGUUUGUUCAUCAUACCUGCCUUAUGAGCUGGCUGCAGAGAGCUGUGAUGAGCAAAUGUGAACUUUGUCUUUAUCCCUUAGCGGUGAAACGAAAAAGGAAGCCUUUAUCGAAGGUAAGUACUUCACGUGUGCUGUAAAAUAUUGGACCUCACUCUUUCUGUGAUGCAAGCGACGUAACGUAUUACCCACAGGUUAACUUCAGGCAACGUAGAGAUGAAGUUCACUAAAUUGAUAGCUUAAAAACAUAAGAAAUAUGUGUUCGGGUAUUAUUAUCUUUUUUCGUUAUUUUAUUUAGUUAGUUAGUUGUUGUUUUUCUUGUGCUUUUUCUUUCCUAAACUUGAAAGUUUUUUUCUCGCGAAAAAGAAUUACGUAGAAGUGUACAACUAUUUAUCGAUAUUUAUUUUAAACUGUAAUUUUAGAGCGCUUGCGAUCUGCAAUUGUAGCCUGAUAAACAGCGGAUUAACUCUAAAUCCCAAUGUAUUCACAGCUAAUAAACCCUAAUCCACUCGGGAUUUUUCAUGAAGUGGAUUAAGAUGGCGAUCUGGGAGAACUGGGCGUGUACUUUGUACUUAAAUUUGUUAGUUGAGCCUUCUCUAAAGGAUUAAUUUUUGUUUUGAAAAAAAUUGUCUUCGGAGCUAACACCAACAUUAGGCAAGUUCUUUAAACAUGGUAAACAAAGGCUCAACGCAACAGGUGUGCUUUUGUUUAAGGUCAUAAUAAAUUUUAUGUUUUGUUUAAAGUCUACUGGAAACAAAGGGCUGUGGAAAGUUUAGGAUUUUGCAUUAAGUUGGUGUCAGGUUGUUUAUUACGUAAAUUGAUUUUAGCUAAGCUGACUUCUUAUAAGCAGCUUGACUAUCAAAGAGCCUUUACUUAACUAUUUUGCUAAAAUAAUUUGCACGGGCCUUCAGGCACUAAUAUUAGGCACAAUUGCGCCACGAGGUCUUCGUACUUUAAAGACGGAAAUGAACUCGACAAGGAAAAAGCUCAUAUUUUCCAAUUUUCAGUGAAAUGUUCACUUCAGGAAAGGCGCUGGAGGUCACUCAAAGGGUGCCGCUGGUUCCUUCUUUCAAGCCUUUGAAGGGCCUUCAUUAUGUCGGAUUUUCAGAACGGUAACCGCAUUAUGCGUGACUGACCGAUUAACCUCUGGUUCUCAAGUACACGUUUUUGUGGGUUUUUCGUGUUUUACUUUCAGCUAAAGCCGCUUUUUUUUGCUCCCACGAGAAUACAUUACAGCUUAUGUAAUUCUCUCAAAUCAUGCAGUAAUACUAUCUUUAGGAACGAAGUUGAGCGUGGCAGUUUCGCCGGGCUAUGUCAAAUACGUUUAUCUAAGACAGGAAAAAUUUUUUCUGGUAGUCAUGUUCUGAAUGUCUUAGAAUCAGUUCGUGUCUUAAAAGCAGUUGAGAAUGACAAAGUUAUGACAGGCGAUGCUAGUCCUAAACCCUUGGUAAUUAUCAAUUAACCAUUAAGCACACUCCAAUUCCCACUGUGUGGACACCAAAGAGAGAGAACAAACUAUCCGUGUUUUAGGUCCCUUGAGGAAAUGUAUGACGCUUCAGGCACGGGAACAGGCCACAAUAAAGAGGCCUGCACGCAUGGAGUUUCAACCUCCGCAGCACUGACUUUGCAAUACACGUUUCGGAGUGAAUCAUUCUUUUUUUAGUAAAGUGUUUAUUUAGGCCUCUGGUACAGACUUGUCCACACGUCACCUUUUAGGGGGGGGGGGCGACGACAUCGUGAUAAACCCAACCAAAACGGAUUUUGAGAAAGUCUACGCGUUCUGUAACCGUCUUUCGCUUUUGUUUCUUUUUCAGUGGCGUCUCCCAGAGGACAAACCUAUUCCUAUUGUAUGGCUUUUAACCUACGUUGUUGCGAUGACAGUGAACAUAGCUUCGUUAACCAAAGACGGGAGCCAGCGAUGCGUAUCAGACCCCUGCAUCAUAUUCUACGUGCUUGGGUCAGCGGGUGCGCUGCUGGGGCUAGCAUUUUUCUAUCGCUGGCUAAAAAAGACUGUACGCUACUUUGCGAGAUGGAUUGCGCUGAACCAGGAGUGGACUUUGGUGGGGCCCAUUGACUUAAGAAACCAGCUGGGAGAGGCAAACCUUGCCUACUCUUCAAAGUCGCUCUCAGAGACGGAAACGAGACAAGAACAAAUUGCUUGACUUUUAAAAAUUGUUUAAGAUGCGUCUUGGGAAAAAUUCAAGUAUGUCUCGCGUCGUUCUGCGUUUGGUUAUGCUUUGGUUCGUUUCCCAGAGACGAUAACCUCCGCAGCUAAAAGCAUAUUCAGCUGCUCUGGAGCAGUCACCUGUUAUAUCACGUGAUGUUUUUGUUUCCAAGCAACGCCAGUGCACUCCUAAAUUUCCUAUUGAUGAUCAUACUGGACUAACACGUAUACGUGGUUCAAAUUAAAAGGAUUUCCUUCGACUGUUAUGAAGACUUAAGAGCGUUUAUCUGUACAGUUCAUACAAGAUACGUUAAAUCGAAGAAAUUUAAAGGAACAGUUAAAUUAUUGAGGAAAAAUAUAUACAUACCAAUAUAAGAAGAUAUUAUACAAUUUGAUGACAUUUUUUAAAGUUAAAUAUUGUUUGAAUUAGUUUUAUUGAGAGG